UCAAAAUUCAAGAUUGAAAUUAGAUGUCGGUCUUGGUCGGAUCUUGUUUUGAAUAGCCUGAAUCUAUGUGUGUAUUAUUAUUUUAAAGAUACAAACAAUAUCAAAAUGGCCAAUAUUACAUCUUACAAUAACGAUAAAGUGGUUACCGGUGAAGUAGAGUAUCCGGCAAGCGACCCCGCAUCGGGGGCUUUCUUCCAACCUGAUUACAAAAAAAAUGAAGACCUGAAACUGAUGCUUGAUGGUUCCAAAGACUCCUUGAAGUUAGAGGCAAUGAAAAGGAUCAUUGGCAUGAUAGCCAAAGGUCGUGAUGCAUCCGAUUUAUUCCCAGCUGUUGUGAAGAAUGUAGUAUCAAAGAACAUAGAAGUGAAAAAGUUGGUGUAUGUCUACCUGGUGAGGUAUGCAGAGGAGCAGCAAGACCUUGCACUCUUGUCUAUCAGCACAUUCCAGCGAGCAUUGAAGGAUCCAAAUCAAUUAAUUCGAGCCAGUGCUCUACGGGUUCUGUCAUCAAUUCGAGUGCCAAUGAUUGUACCAAUAGUGAUGCUUGCAAUCCGUGAUUCGUCCAGCGACAUGAGCCCUUAUGUCAGGAAAACUGCAGCUCAUGCUAUACCCAAACUCUACAGCUUAGACCCUGACCAGAAGGAAGAGUUGGUUUCUAUAAUAGACAAACUGUUGUCAGAUAAAACACCACUUGUGGUAGGUUCAGCUGCUAUGGCAUUCUCAGAAGUCUGUCCGGAUAGAAUGAGCCUUAUUCAUAGAAGCUACAGGAAAUUAUGUUCGCUGCUAGCCGACGUAGAUGAAUGGGGGCAACUGGCGCUAUUGAAUGUUCUCACCGUUUAUGCCAAGACCUGCUUUCCGGAUCCCAAUGUUGAAUCAUACUCCAGCGACAGCGAUACAGACAAGCCCUUCUACUCCCUCUCCGACGAUUCGACGAAAUCCCGGUCUCGUCCGACCCCGUCUGUUGACCCCGACCUGCGACUGCUUCUGCGUGCCGCCAAACCCUUGCUACAGUCGCGAAAUUCCGGUGUUGUCAUGGCGACUGCUCAGCUUAUAGUACAUACGGCUCCUGCUCAAGAAUUACCGCCGGUCGCUAAAGCCAUGGUGCGACUGUUACGAGCACCCAUUGAAGUGCAGAGCGUCGUGUUGAACGCUAUAGCGUCGCUUACUGUUACUAAGAGGUCUCUAUUCGAGCCAUUCCUCAAGAGUUUCUUCGUCCGCAACUCCGACCCAACGCACAUAAAACUUCUCAAACUGGAGAUCCUCACGAACUUAGCCACAGAAGCGAGCGCGGCGGUCGUCUUGCGCGAAUUUCAGACCUAUGUGACAGCCAAUGACAAGGCGUUUGCCGGGGCCACUAUUCAGGCUAUUGGGCGGUUAGCAGUUAAUAUACAGGCUGAAACAGAGACUUGUUUGAAUGGGUUGUUGCAUCUUCUGUCUAGCAAAGAUGAAUGGGUGGUAUGCGAAGCGGUGGUGGUUGUAAAGAGAGUGGUGUGUGGGGGAGCGGCUUCAGCGCGCGCCGCCGUCGCACGCGCCGCUAAGCUGCUGAGGCAGGAUCGGCUGGCGGCGGCGGCGCGCGCGGCGGCCGUGUGGCUGGUGGCGGAGCAGGGCGCGGCGCACGCGCGCGCCGCCGCCGUGCUCGCGCACAUGACGCAGCACUUCGCCGACCAGGACGAACUCGUGAAACUUCAACUUCUCUCCCUAGCUGUGAAGUUAUCCAUCACACAGCCAUCAACUCUUCCCAUUUGCCAAUACAUGCUAUCUCUAGCACGGUAUGACGCAAGCUAUGACGUCAGAGACCGGGCCAGGCUGCUGAGGAGGUUCGUGGAGAACGGGGAUAGACAGCUGCCGUCUAAAGCUAGCGAAAUAUUCAGACCGGACAAACCUAAGCCGACCAUUGAGAGUAGUUUUAAGGAUCGCCAACAAUUCACACUGGGAUCUCUGUCGGCGUAUAUGGGAGUGUCAGCGGCGGGGUACCGGCCUCUGCCCGCUGCGCCAGAGAGGACGCAGGGCGCCGCACUCAGGGACGCUGGCGAUCAGAACGUGCAGAAAGAAGUUGCAUCCCCGCCCGUCCAAAAAGACAAGACUUUCUACUCCGAACCGGAGAGUUCUUCAGGUUCCUCAUCUGGUGACUCCAGCAGUGAUGAAGAAUCUUCGUCUAAUGAAGAAGAAGAAGAAAGCACCAACGAUAAGAAGAAAGAAAAUACGAAGCAACCCAACAAUUACAGCAGGUCAUCGACCGGCACGUCGGAUAGUGAAUCGGAUAGCGGUUCCGACGCGGAUUCGGAUAGCUCCGGCAGCGAAUCGGAUUCGAGCGACGAAGAGAGUUCCGACGACAAGAAAAGUUCGGAAGAUAAGAAGAGUCCGGAUUAUAAAAAUUCAAGCAAACAUGACAAAAAGAUGACAAAACAAGAGCCAGAGCCAAAAGGACAGAAAACGGACAGUCAAAAGAAGAAUGAGAAAUCUAACCUGGAAUUACUCCUAGAAUUGGAUGAGGUGGCCAGUUCUCUGCCCACCAUGACGCCCACGUGUGGCGGCUUCCUGUCCCCCCAGAAUGCGGCGGUGCCCAACAUGGGAGAUGACGCUAUCAUCCCCGUGGGGCCAGCAUUACCCAACCCUCGUCGCACAGAACUAAUUUCCCGCGUGUGCAGCGGCGGACUCGCGGCCGAAUAUAGGUGGGCUCGAGCACCACAUUUAUACUCCCCCAAGAUGUGCGCCAUAGAGAUCACAUUCACCAAUCAUUGGCAGAAGGAUGUUACUAACAUACGAAUAAAUAAGAAGACGCUGACGGGCGCCCGCGCGAUGCACGACUUCGCGGCCGUGGGCGCGCUGGCGCCGGGCGGCGGCGCCAGCGCCACGCUCGGGGUGGACUUCGCGGACACCAUACAGCCCAUAGAGUUCACCAUCGCUAGUUCUCUAGGGGAAGUGCCAGUCAGCAUCACCCCGCCCGUCGGGGAGCUGAUGCGCGCCGUGUCCAUGCCUGACACGAGAUGGAACAAUGAGCACAACAAACUGCGAGGAAUGACUGAGUGUGACAAGAAAGCGAUGAAAUUAGAAGACGAGCAGGCGAUUUGUAAGAGAGUAUUUGAAACCGCUAAUUUGGGUGCUGUCACAAGCAACGGCGAUUUGCUAAGAUUCGCGGGCCGCAUGAUGUCAUCCCAAGACCUUGUGCUAUUGUCAGUGAAAACAGAAGAGGACUCCAGUAGAAUCGUUGCAAACUGUCCGAACAUGGCGAUCGCGUCGCUACUCGUUAACGAAAUCGCUAACGCUUUCUCAAGAACAUGAGAAUUGAACGGGAACCGUUGAACUGUUUUAAAGGUUCUAACUGGAGGUCAUUUAGGUGACUAAUACACGAACGUUGAAACACGAUAUGACUUAUUGUCCCUCUCUUUCUAACUUUAAGGUUAACUGGGGUGGUGCGAAAAGAGUAUAUUUACCUUUAAAUUUACGUGAAUAAAGGGGCUGCCAUGUUAGUCAUUCAACGACUUAUGGAAAUGGUGGUUAUUAUGGAAGAUAUCUUUGAUUAAUUUUCCCUAAGCUCACUUCAAGUUAAUUUCUUGUUGUUUUUCGUGUAUAGUUUUAAACUGUUAUGGCUGCAUAUGUCAGUAACAGACGGCAAAUGUCAUUGUAAAUGUGAUUUUGCAGGUAUUAUGUGCAGGUAUAACAUUGUAAAUUAUUUUGAAUAAAAUAAAAACUUGUACAUAUUUACCUUGUUCGGCUUAACAAAACCUUAUUUAUUAGUCUUAUAAACAGAUCGUUUAAUACUUGUAUCGCGUAAUAUACUAAGAAAAUAUAUCAAUAUACACAACA